UCUAAUUCGCAACACAAUCCGAAAGAGAAUCAGUGAAGAAGAAGGAGGUUUCAAUUUCAAUGGCGGUUUCUUCUCUCUCUGCAACAUUUGUUCCUUCUCUUUCUCUCUCUUCCAAUUCUUCACCUUCGUUAUCUUCCACAUCGAAGUUCCUCUCUCCAUGCUUUCUUCCCGGUAACAACAUGUUGAGGCUUACGAACCCGAAGCCUCUUCAUUCAUCAACUGUGGUUUAUGCUGCUCCGGAAGUGUUGGAUUCUGUUGAAGCCAGAGAUGUUGAGUCUCUUAACAGUGGCUCUCUGGUUGAUGAUGACUUGGAAACUCCAAGCACUUCGAAAAUUAGCGUUGGAGCUGAUGCAGACAUGAUGGCACCAAAGCAAAAAAUCAGAAUCAAGCUUCGAUCUUACUUUGUGCCCUUGAUUGAGGAUUCCUGCAAGCAGAUAUUAGAUGCAGCACGAACUACCAAUGCAAAAACAAUGGGUCCUGUUCCUUUACCAACCAAGAAGCGAGUUUACUGUACUCUUAAAUCUCCACACGUACACAAAGAUGCUCGGUUCCAUUUUGAGAUCAGAACUCAUCGGCGCGUCAUCGAUAUUCUCUUUCCCACUGCUCAAACAAUAGAUGCUCUUAUGCUACUCGAUAUUCCUGCUGGUGUUGAUGUUGAGGUCAAGCUCUAGAGAUAUUUGCUUCAGGUUGAUAAACAUUUUGAUUAUGAGUGAACUUCAACUUGCUUCUUAUAGCAAAAAGUAGAUAAUUGGCAGAUAUCAUGUAUUUCAGUCUCUGAACUUGCUUCUUUGAACAACGCAAAUGAUCCUUUUGUUUGCUUUAGAUUUUUUGAAAGCUUAUUCCUUUUGUUGCAUAGAUAUUUGCAUAUCCUAUUCAACAAUGUAAUGUAAGUCUUGUAUUAUGAAGUGUUAUUCUUCUAAAUUGUGCACAUGAAUUUAUA